AUGAAGAAUAUUCAACGUCAGCUAUCUGCAUCUUUCAUGAAAUUCUUAGACGACAAGAACAGAGACUUAGAGGCUGUUUUUGCUUACAUGGAUGCAAACAGAGAUGGUAGAAUCUCUGCGGAGGAGCUUAAGAAGAGUUUCAGGACAUUGGGUGAGCCUAUGUCUGAUGAAGAAGCCGAGGCUGCCGUUAAACUCUCUGAUAUUGACGGAGAUGGGAUGUUGGAUCUUCAUGAGUUUGCUCAGCUUAUCAGAGGUAAUGAUGAAUUCACAGAAGAAGAGAAGAAGAGGAAGAUAAUGGAAGCUUUUAGAAUGUACAUUGCUGAAGGGGAAGAUUGCAUUACCCCUGGAAGCUUGAAGAUGAUGCUAAUGAAGCUAGGUGAGUCCAGAACCACUGAUGACUGCAGAGUUAUGAUUCAAGCAUUUGAUCUCAAUGCUGAUGGAGUUUUGAGCUUUGAUGAGUUUGCCCUCAUGAUGCUCUAA